AUGGGUGUUGAUGGGCUGAUCUUCUGGAGCAGCAGCAACAACAUGACACAGCGAUGUGAUACAAUUACGAACUUCCUCCAGACUACACUCGGACCAAAAGAAUGGGACUUUGACGAGAUUUGUCAGCCCUAUAUAGCGAACAUUACCGAAUACACGGAUAAGUUUGGAUGUAAUAUGACCUCGCAGAGACUGUGA